AUGGCGGACCCACAAGAAAAAGUGUACAUAGAGUUCGACAACUACGACUGGGAGUCUUUCAAAGAAUUCCAGGAUGGCCUUUCUGAGAUUCUCCAGGGCCACCUAGAACAGCUCAAGGAAUCUGACCCCACAGUUGACAGAAUCCCAGCUCCCCAGAAACAGCAGCUCAUUGACCAGGCCAAGUCCUUCUUCUUUUGCUCGCACACUGGCAAUAUUUUGAACCUUGACGACUACUAUGCCUGGAAGAGAAACAAUGGCGGUAAAAUCACCUAUGUGGACGAGUCUGAGUCCCAACCUGAGUCUGCACCUGCCGAAGCGGCAGAAGCACCUUACUCAAACAAUUACCAGCACGUUGUUGACCUCAUCGUCUCAGGCAAGCCUGUUCCUGGAAUCAAGCAAAUCCCAGAUACAGUUUUGCCGGAACAGAGCUCAAAGUCAGAGGCUCCCAUCAGACGCAAGCCAUGGGAAACUAACACUGAGGCGCUGGAAGCUACGGUGCUGGAAAACCUCGAGAAGUGA